GCUUCACUUUUGUCUCCUGUCAUUCUGUCUGUCCAAUUCCUCUGAAGAGAAUAAGAUCAACUGAAGAAUAUUCCAACUGAUAUAUCAUCUCCGAUCGUAUAUCACUAUACAUAUACAGAUAAACAUUCCUCGACUGUCACCGCACUAUAUUCUUUGACUCGAAUUGAAUCGACUCACUGAAAACAAUACAAUACAAAAUGGCCUCAACAAACUACAAGGAAGCCUUCUCCCUCUUCGACAAACGCGGCACCGGCCGUGUCCCCCUCGAUUCUCUAGGCGACCUCCUCCGCGCCUGCGGCCAGAAUCCCACCCUCGCUGAAAUCCGUGAUUUGGAGCAGAGUAUUGGCGGGGAGUUUGAUUUCGACUCCUUCCAAAAAGUCCUUAAUCGCCCUGGCGGAUUCCGUGAUCCUGGUGAACCGGAGGAAUAUUGUCGUGGUUUCCAGGUAUUUGAUAAGGAUUUGACUGGAUUUAUUGGUGUGGGCCAGUUGCGAUACAUCUUGACAAACCUCGGCGAGAAAAUGACAGACGAGGAAGUCGAUGAAUUGCUCAAGGUUGUUGAUACGAGUUCGGGCGAGAUUAAUUAUACCGAUCUCGUGCGCACUAUCCUCGCAAACUAGAUGACGCGCGUUGCAAUUAUACCCUUUCACUUCGAACGACACUGUUUAUAUCCUUUUAUUCUGCUGGAAACUGGUCCUGAUGGCUGUAUUUUACGUGCAUAUGGAGUUAUGACAAUCAAUCAAUCAAUCAACUAUUCAUUUAAAGUGCUUUCUGUCAUAAGAUUACUUAACCCAGUCCAUCCACUCCCUCUCCAUCCCCUUCAAAACAGCAUUCUUCUCCACGAUCGCAUUCAACACAUCCCCUCCUACACCAGUAUCCUCUAACCCAACCUCCAAAUCCUCAGUUCUGACAAUAGAUCCCGGUAGGAGAUAAAUCGCUCUAUCUGUUGUAUUCUUCCGAUUGAA